AGCAGUUCCUGGAAAAUAUGUCCUGAUUUCUAAUAAUUAAAAGCUUGCUUUGACUGUGCCAGUUUUUUUAAUCUAAAAUAUCUGCUUAUCUAAGACAGCCAGAAAAGCGAGAUGAAAUGCUAAGCAGGCUUGGUAGUUUAAAUGCAGGCAGAUAUCCCGAUUCAAACUUUAGAAUCUGUCACAUAAGUAGGAAUGACAGAUACUUAAGUGACGUUUAUAAUGUAUUGUUUAUUUUUCGAAGCCUAAUUGGUUUGCCAAAAAGUCGAAGAAAGACAGAAAUUAGUUUAGCAGAACAAAAUUUGGAACAUACCGAAACUUUAUCUAAAGCCAGGUUUUGAUCUGAUCUAGCUUUCAAAACUCUGUUUAUCACCUUACGUUUUGUGUCCUUGCUCAUUUUUGACGAAAAUAACUUAUUUAAUGCACAGCUCUAAGCGCCACCCUCCUUCUGAGGGAUAGUGUUCCUUGGUUGCUAGGAAUAUUUCUGUCUCUAUGGUGACCAUGGAAUUUCCCCAAAAGAGACUGAAACACCGAUGGGAGGCUUGAUGCUCGAAGAGAAAUCAAAAUGGCUGACCUAUGUGACACAGAGAACGAGAAAGUUAAGUCGUUUCUGCAGAGUAUCCAGAGGGACAUAAAUUGUUUGUCUGAUGGAAACAAAAUGACAAGAAGAAGGGCAUUAGAGAAACUGCAGAAAGAGAUUUUCCAGAUUAAUGCCUUUUCAGCUGUUGAAUUAGAUAAAGUGUUCGCUGAGGUCUGCAAGCCCUUGCUAAGUCUCUAUUCAUUUCCAGUUGAUAGAUGUAGAGAACUUUCCAUAAACAUGAUUACAGAGUUUAUCAAGACUAUUCCUGAGCCUUGGAGCCAUUUACCUUAUAUAAUUGCAGUGUUGACCGAUCGACUUGGGGGACAAGAGAUAAUUGAAACUACUGAAGAGAUAAGACUGCUACAAAUGCAGUCACUUAACUGUAUUAUCACUGCCUGCAAAGAUCAUUUAGAUCCAUAUGUAAAAGAUAUCAUUCAAAUUUUAACAGCUACAAUAUUGGAUCCAUUUCCCGAAGUCAAAAAGGAAAGUUGUAGCUGUGUCAAUAAAUUGUCUUCUGUUGUUCCGGAAAAGUUUUAUUUUCAUGGCGAGGUUCUCGUUCGACCGUUGGUUGUUUCAGUCAGCCAUCAGCAUCACAAAGUGAGAUCUGUUUGCCUGCAGACCAUUGGCGUUGUCAUAAAAGGGACCAGUGGCAAAGAAGUAGACAAUGUCAUAUCACACAUCGCACAAAGAACAUUCGAUCAUUCACCUCCUGUUCGUAUGAUGGUCACAAAUAUAAUCGGUGAUUGGCUUUUAAAUCUACGUGACAGAUACUCGUUUUUUCACAAGCUUCUACCUCUCUUGUUAACUGGAUUGUCUGAUGAGAUGACCGACAUCAAAGCAAAAAGUAAAGAUCUCUUCGACCAGGCAGGCCAGCAAUACGAGGCCGAAAACGAAAAUGACUUAAAAGAGAAGCUCGAUUUCCACGUUGUAAAGCAUUUUGAAAAUGUUCAUCCUGGGGAAAGACCCUCUCUCGGUUGUAGAGAGCUCGUGCAGCGAAACUUCUCAAAAAUUCUUCCAGCCGUUCUCGGAGACCUUACCGAUUGGGUUGUUGAAACUCGAAUUAAAGCUUCGCAGUUACUGUAUCAUUUAAUUUUCUACGCAGAAGACCACAUUACCAUGCAUCUGGAGCCUCUACUUCAAGGUCUUUAUAAAUGCAUCCGCGAUGAAGAAGAGGCUGUUGGAAGAGAGGCCAGAUGCAGUGCGGAGUUGGUUGGGCUGUACGUCGAACCAGGCAUUUACUUCAAACUAGUCCUCACACAUUUGCAGUCAGUAUCAACUGCAAAUGCAGUAUCGUGCUCUAAUGCCGUUGCCGUCUUGGCAUCUCUCAUUCGUGGUGCUGUAUCAGAGCUUUUGAACAAAGAGCUCAAGGAAAUUUGCGCAGUUAUCUCAUCACCUGACGUCAGCAUAACGGUGACAAGAGAGCUGCACCAGGAAUUAAAUGCACUUGUUGCUGCAGUUUUGUCAAAACCUGGGCUGGAUUUCUUAAGCCUUAGCUUUAUGCUGUUCGAUAUUUUACUUAACAUCAUGUCAAUGGCAUCUGAUCCAAAUAUCAUGAAAGAGGCCAGGGCAAAUCUCGAAAAACUCUCCCAACUCAGGGGUUUGGGAACUGUUGAUCGUAUUGUGGAAGAACAUGGCUAUGGAAUUUUAACGAGUUUACAGGAAAAUGCGGAAUUGUGGACUGGCAGCUCUCCAGAACGGCUUAAAUUCGACAUGCUGCUGACAUUGUCUCACAAAGCUUUCCCUUCCAUGCUCAACCAGUCGAUGGAAAUUUUUCUAACGAAUCUUCGACCGACCAAUGACCCAGAACUAAAACUAAAAAUGUUUUCAUUGCUAUCAAGAAUUGUUACUGGUGUCAGAGAUGAUAAUGACGUCAUCGAGUCGCUCCAGCCUUUCUGCGUUACGCUGCUGAAGGAAGCUGUUCUGCCUAACUGUAUUUGGCACGCUGGGAGAGUUGCUGCUGCAGUGCGGGCUGCUGCGAUGUCUUGCUUUUGGUCCCUUCUGCAGGGUCAUGUGAUCAGGACGGAACACAUCAACGAAGUGUUUUCGGACAUGCUUAUUCAGAUUAUAUCUUGCCUUGAUGACGACAACCAAACAACUCGAAUGGUAACUUGCAAGACUCUCCUCAAGCUGCUUUGCGAAUGCAGGGAUUCAUUUGAUGCUGAACGGCUGAACAAGAUAUAUCCAGAGCUUCUGAAAAGAAUGGAUGACAGCAACGAAGAAAUAAGGAUGCUAACCACAAGAGCUUUUUCAUCUUACUUCAAGUGUUUUAGUAACUACGAUGCAGAUUUCUAUAGGCCACACUUAGAAGCAAUGUUCAAAGGACUUUUAAUCCACCUUGAUGACCCAGAUAAAGCAAUACAGGAUUCCGUUUUAACCGCUUUAAAAGAUGCUAGUUUUAUCCAUCCAAGUUUACUGCGAUCCAAGCUAAACGAAGUUCGACAUAAGCACAGAUUAUCGAUGUACUGUGAUGAUCUUGAGAAAUACAUCCAAACAAAUCUAGAGCAAAAAACGUGAGGAAGUCGUUACAAAUUAAGACUUGUUUCUGCUCGUCAUUCUGGAGGAAAGAUUUUUAUAUCAAAUAUUUAAUGUUUGUAUGGUAUGUUGGUGAUCGUGUUUAGAUAUUGUACAUAUCAUUUUUUUGCGGGUAUCGAUUCCAAAAAAAUAGGUUCCUUGACUGCAUUUGUUCAAUUUUAUAUUUUCUGGCCUACUUCUCCGUUUAUGUAAGGAAUGGAAAAUUCAACAAUCAAUAUUUGUUUUCAUAUGUUAGACCUGUUUUUCAUUCUAGCUAUUUCAAGCGACUAUGGUACGAGUUUCUGUAUUUAUCGUUUCCUUUCGAAUGGUGCAUCAAUAGUUGCAAAUUGCUAAUAUUUAAUGGUUUAAUUUUAGAAGACUGGUGCCUAAAACUUUUUUAGUAAAAUGUUUUUUAAAGGAGUUUUUUUCAGAACAAACAUCAUCCGAGUGUUUUCAUAUCUUUUUACUCCAUCAUUUUCCGCUGAAUAUAUGACUUAUUGUGAGCUAAAACCAUGGUUUUUUCUUCAUUGUAUGGUAACUCGAUUAAUCCCUCCAGGGUUAUUGAGAUGCACAACUUGGCAUGUUUUGGUGGGGGUUGGGGAUCUGUUCGAGUGUGGGGGCUUAUUAACAAUUUAACUUCUCCAUGGUGGAGGCUAGUAAGAGAGUUUAUACGAGAGAGGGGGUGAUUCAAGGAUAAACGGCAGGUUACUGCUGAUGUUCUGGCGCAUAACCAAAGCAAUAAACCUAAGAACUGGUGUCACUUAGCAUAUAGAAAAAUGUUUUUUACAUUAAUCCCCGAGCCUAAUCGAACCAGUUGAAGAAAUUGUGCUUCUUGAAAGGGUAGGUAAACACAGUUAAUUUUCUACGUUUCUUGUAAGAGCGGUCUUUUCCCUUCUUUUGCCUAUUCAAAAAUAAGCGUCUAAUCGGGGUAGGGGGCAAAUGCCUUUCAUUAGAACGAAACUAAUUGCAAGAUUCACAGAAUACGGCGGACAGCCUAUACUGCAUUAUCGUAAAUCCUCAAAUUAGCCCCCUGAGGGCUUAAUUAUUUUUGACAUUUUUGGACGGGGGCUUAUUCGAGAGGA